AUGGAUACUCUUACAAGCACCGUCGAUGUUCCUCCGGAAUUUCUAAAGCCGGCAUACCUUAUAGGGAAAAUCCCACGACGAGCCCUGGCAUCAGAACCUCGUGUCUCUUACGACCUCUACAUCCCACCUGAUCCCUACAAGUUCAUCUCAAUAGCCCAAAGCAAAGACGGGCCACAGACGGCUCCUCAAAAACUUCCGUUAUUGGUCUUCAUACAUGGCACUCUACGGGAUGAUUGCUAUAUCGAUAGAGGACUCAUCCCCUUUGCUGAAUCCACGCCGUGUGCCGUCAUGGCGCCGCUUUUCCCAGCUGGACUUGAUGGCCCAUUCGACUUGGACUCGUACAAAUUACUUCGGUCUCGAACACUACGAUCCGAUUUAGCGCUCUUGGGCAUGCUGGAUGAGGUGGCCCAGCGCUGGCCGGGCAUUGACACAAGUAAAAUAUUUCUCAUGGGCUACUCAGGUGGCGCACAAUUUGUGCAUCGGUUCCUCUAUCUCUACCCUGAACGUCUCGCAGCUGUCAGUAUUGGGGCUCCAGGCAGCGUGACUGUACUGGACACUUCAAUGAAGUGGCCUGCGGGCAUAGCAGAUGUGGAAGAGCUUUUUGGCGUAUGCAUCAAUAAGGAUUUGAUCAAACAGGUACACAUUCAACUCCUUGUAGGCGACUCUGAUACCGAGAUUCACGGGGGAGAAGAAUUUUGGAUCUGGCUGCGGAAAUUACGAACAGCAUCUAGUGCUAAGUUGGUAGCCGGUGUACAGCCGGACAAAGAGUCGAAUGGAGUACAACACAAAGAGAUGGUGAAGAAUAGGCUGGAUACUCUGAAAAGACUGCAAACUUUGUGGAGAGAAGGUGGGAUUAAUGUCCAAUUUGACAUUAUAGAGGGUGCGAAGCAUGAGAGUCUAAAGUGCCAAGGUCAUUCUUUGAAGUUCUUGGACGCGCUGAUGCGUAAAUGA